CCCAUUUGUGGACCACUUGCCAGGUCUUCUGCCUAAAGAGUCAGAGAAAGCUGCUUUUCAGUUAGUGUUCCCAAAAGUAUGGCGCACUCACCUGAAGCCUACCUGCUUGCACUUGGCAGGCACUGGAGAUCAUGGGUUUUGGAGAAGAAAAAUGCUAAUGGUUUUAAACCACUUUUAGACGAAUCAGGAAUUGCAUCAGCCAUCCUCGAGAAUCCCUUUUAUGGUUGUCGGAAACCUAAGGAUCAGCUUCGCUCAAGUCUCCACAAUGUUUCUGAUUUGUUUGUGAUGGGUGGCUGCUUAAUUUUGGAGUCCCUGGCUAUAUUUCACUGGCUUGAACGCAUGGGCUUUGGACCACUGGGAAUUACUGGAAUAUCCAUGGGUGGCCAUGUAAGUUUUCAAGAAUGUCAUUAUAUGAUUUUUUUUAUGAUAUUUUUUAUCUAUGAGAGUAUAGUAAUGCUAUAUGGCUUCGAUAAAUCUAGUAGAGAAUAA